GCGAGAAAUCAAAACAAACACAGAGAGAGAGGGCGAGGGAUGAGAGAGCGAGUGACCAAGAGAGAGAGAAAGAGAGUUGCGUAUUGCGAUAAUUAUCUGCAGAUGAGAUGAGGCAGAGAGUGGAUACACUGUCACUGAGACUGAGCCAAGGACACCACACGUUCUCUUCUCUUCAAGGUUGACUUGAUAUCUUAGAUUGGCUUUCAUGGAUACAAAAAACCCAUCUUCUUCCGCUUGUUCUAGCCGUAAGUGGAAAUACGAUGUCUUUCUAAGUUUCAGAGGUGAAGAUACUCGCAAGAGUUUUACAGACCAUCUCUACACUACUUUGAAACAGAAGGGAAUUUUCACCUUUAGGGACGAUGAGAAACUUGAAAGAGGAGAACCUAUUAAACCCAAGCUUUUAAAAGCAAUAGAAGAAUCAAGGUUUGCUAUUGUCAUUCUCUCAAAAAACUAUGCAUCCUCUACAUGGUGCUUGGAUGAACUUGUAAAGAUCAUGGAAUGCAAAGAAUCAAUGGGGUCAAUAGUUUAUCCUAUUUUUUAUGAUGUGGAUCCAUCUGCGGUACGAAAGCAAACAGUAACUUAUGCACAAGCCUUUGUCAAACAUGAAAAAGAGAAUAUAGAGAAAGUUCACAUGUGGAGAGCUGCUUUAAUAGAAGUGGCCAAUCUCUCUGGUUGGUAUUUACAUGAUGGGUAUGAGUCAGAAUUUAUCCGACAUAUUGUAGAAUCCAUAUCACAUAAAUUGAGAUAUCCAUUCCCAAGAAAUACCAAAGGAUUAGUAGGAAUAGAUUCCCGAGUGGAGGAAUUGAUGUCGCUUUUAGCUAUAGGAUCAAAUGAUGUUCGCAUUAUUGGGAUUUGGGGAAUGGGUGGAACUGGUAAGACAACUCUUGCUAGAGUUGUUUAUGAAAUGGUUUUUAGUGAAUUUGAAGGUGAUUGUUUUAUCCCUAAUGUUAGGAUCGAAUCUGAAAAAUCUGGCUUACUUCCAUUACAACAAAAACUUAUUCGUGAUAUUUUGAUGGAGAAAAAUGUGAAUAUAAGGGAUGUUGAUGAUGGAGUUCUUAUGAUCAUGAAUAGGUUAUGUCAUAAAAGGAUUCUUCUUGUUCUUGAUGAUGUAAAUGACUUCAAUCAGUUAGAAAAGUUAGCUGGGGAGUCUAAUUGGUUUGGUCCUGGCAGUAGAGUUAUCAUAACAACAAGAGAAGAGCAUUUGUUGAAAAUGCAUACAGUAUGUGGAAUAUAUGAGGUUGAAGAAUUGAAAGAAAUUGAGGCUCUUCGUCUUUUUAGUUUGAAAGCCUUCAAAGAAGAUCAUCCUCCCAAAGAUUAUCUAGAAUUGUCCGCAUAUUUUUUAAAUUAUGCUAAAGGCCUACCUUUAGCUAUUGUUGUUUUGGGUUCAUUUUUGUGCAAUAAAAGUAAGGAGGAAUGGGAAAGUGCAUUAGAUAGGCUCAAAAAAUAUCCUGAAAGAGGCAUCUUUAAAAUACUUGAAAUUAGUUUUGAUGGACUUCAGGAUACAGAAAAGGAAAUAUUUCUGCAUAUUGCAUGUUUCUUAAAUAUGAAGGACAAAGAUUAUAUAGUAGAAAUACUAGAUUGUCUUGGCCUUUUCCCUAAAAUUGGAUUAAAGGUUCUCAUUGAAAAGUCUCUUGUAAAAUAUUUUGAAAAUAAAUAUUGGAUGCAUGAAUUACUACAAAGAAUGGGACAAGACAUAAUUUGUCGAGAUUAUCCUCAAGAACCUGGAAAGUGGAGCAAAAUGUGGCUAUAUAAGGACAUUCACAACGUGCUGAUGAAAAAUACGGAAACGGAAGCAAUUCAAGGACUUGUCCUUGAAUUGGGUGAACUACAUAAAUCAGAAACGAUACAUUGGAAUCUUGAAGCCUUUUCAAAGAUGCCUAACCUUAAAUUGCUUAUAAUUCAUGAUGUUCACCUUCUUCACGGUCCCAAAAAUCUUCCUAAUGGCUUAAGAUAUCUUGAUUGGAGUAGGUAUCCUGGAAAAUCUUUGCCAUCAAGUUUUCAAUCAAAUGAGCUUGUUGAACUUUCCAUGUGCCACAGCAAAAUUAUGCGACUUUGGGAAGGGAUAAAGCAUUAUGACAAGUUGAAGUCCAUCAAAUUGAACGAUUCAUUGAACCUCAUUGCAACCCCUAACGUCACCGGAGUUCCCAAUCUCAAGAAAUUGGUGUUUAAAGGUUGUAUAAAGUUAUGUGAGGUUUAGUUCAUAAAAGGCUUACUCUUCUUAAU